UUUCCGAAUGGUAUAAAAUCUCACAGAGCCAAACUAUCUUCCUCACUCGUUGUAAAUCGAAAUCCGAAGGGGAUCGAAGUGAAUAGUCAAUCAAGAAUACUCUUUAGCUUCAAUAAGCGGAAACAAUCAUGGCGGAAAGAGUGAUCAAUUUUUCUGCCGGACCUGCAAAACUGCCAAGAAAGGUGUUGGAGACCGCCCAGAAGGAAAUGCUUAAUUAUAACAAUACAGGAAUCAGUGUCAUGGAGCUAAGCCAUAGAUCAGCAGAUUUUACAAAGAUUAUUAAUGCUGCAGAGAGGAAUGUUAGAGAAUUAUUAAAUGUUCCAGAUAACUACAAAGUCAUAUUCAAACAGGGGGGUGGUACUGGUCAAUUUUCCGCGGUCCCCCUUAAUCUGAUGAACUUGGGACCUGCGGCUAAAGCUGACUACAUCGUCACGGGGUCCUGGUCAGCUAAAGCUGCGAAGGAGGCUGAGAAAUACGGAACUGUCAACCUUGUACUGCCUAAACUAGACUCUUAUACAUAUAUUCCUGAAGCCAGUGAGUGGUCACUAAGCCCUGAUGCUUCAUACGUAUAUUACUGUUCUAAUGAAACCAUCCACGGAGUCGAGUUUCCAGAUAUCCCAGAAACCAACGGUGUUCCUCUAGUCUGUGAUAUGUCUUCCAAUAUUCUGUCCAAACCUAUAGAUGUUUCAAAGUUUGGUGUGAUCUUUGCUGGUGCCCAGAAGAAUAUGGGCUGUGCGGGCGUGACACUAGUCAUUGUCAGAGAGGAUCUGCUGGGCAAGGCCAUGCCCACGUGUCCCGUCACCAUGGACUACAAAAUCCAAGUGGGCAACAAUUCCCUCUACAACACAGCGCCCACAUACAAUAUCUACAUCCUUGGUCUAGUCCUACAGUGGGUAAAGGAUGAGGGUGGUGUUCAAAAAAUGGCAGAAAACUCUAAACAGAAGUCAGAGGCAGUGUACAACAUGAUAGAAAAAUCUAACGGAUUCUACCAUGCUACAGUGGAGCCUCACUGUCGGAGUCGGAUGAACGCUCCGUUCAGAAUCGGGGGACCAGAUGGGGACGAAACUCUGGAAAAGAAAUUCUUAGAAGAGGCCAGCAAGAAGGGCAUGAUUCAACUCAAAGGACACAGGUCAGUAGGAGGAAUCCGAGCCUCGCUAUACAACGCGCUCUCUCUACAAGAAGCCAACCUCCUAGUCAGCUUCAUGCAGGAGUUCUACAUCCAACACAAGUCCAUAACCUCAUGUCAAGGUUAAAUUAAGCUCAUCUGACCUCAGGGUCAAGGACAGGUCACACAAAAAUAUUUCAGCCUUGAGAUUAAUGCAUGUUAGGUCAAGAUGUUUAUAGAAAAAGGCAUUAUAUUUAUAUGUUGACAUUCCCUAGUGCUAGGUCCUGUGUAUUUUGUACAAAUUGAAAUUUGGGACCAGGCUCAAUAGAUAAUGCAUUUUCUACACAAUAUUAAGCCUUGGGGGCUGUUAUAUAUGCAAUUUGACAUUAAUAUUGAGCUCACUUAGGGUAUUAUAUGCAAUGAUAUACUCGAACAAAUUUCUUUUAUUUAUUGUAUUGGCAUUUUAUUUUGUUUUGAAUUGUACCUUUUUUAAAAUAAUUUGCAGAUUUUUAAAACAGAUAUAUUGUUACAAAGCCAAAGAGAGAUAUUUACUGUGCAUUAACAUUACUCUUUAUUGUGAAUACACAUGUUAUGUGAGUUGAUCUGAAUGAAUGCUAAAACUUAAGUGAAUAAUGCGUGAAAGUUAAUUGCUUUGUUGAAAGAUUGUAUUUGAGAGCAUUUUGAAUGAAUUUUCAUAGUUUUAUCAUGAUUCCCAUUUCCUCCAUAUUGUAUAAUAUCCAUGAUGUGUGUUUGGUAUAGAAUGUCUGAGAUGAAUGAAAGGCCAGAUAUAUUAUUUUGACAUGCCACGAUCAAAUUUACUUUGUUUUUGUAUUGUUGAAUUAUAUUGUGGUUGUACGGUUCUUAAAAAUGAAUAUU